AUGGCCAAUUCGGUAGCCUCCCCUGUCAAUGAGGGAUUAUCCGAUAAACCGGACCCAACCAAUCACAGUGAGACCUCCAGUAUAUUAAAUUCUACUGCUACAACCUCCUCGUAUCCCUAUUUUGCCAGUACUUCCUCUUUAUUGCAUCAUCAUGUCAUGCCAUCCAACUCUAAUACAGAUCGUCUGACCAAAUCAACAUCAUCGUUUUUGGACGAGUUGUUUGGAACGGGCAAAUCUAAGACUGAAGGAUCAACACCCAAGAAAAGUUUGGGAGGGGGUAAAGCCUCCAAGAAACCCAACAAGCGUUCUAAAAGUCCUGCCACGAAGGGCUCCUUUGCUGGUGCCCGUGGCGAUUCAUCUGUGAGUACCGCCAUUUCGGGUAUAUCCCCUGUUUCUAACAUAGUUUCUAGUACCGAAAUAGGUAAUCCUGACUCUGCAGAAGGCCUUGUACAAACUUAUACACAGCAAAUGGCCGAUAAGUUCAUGCAACGUAUUAUAAAUAUGGCUAUGCCUAAUACAACUACUCAGGAUGAGCGUGAGCUUGAAAGCGUUCUAUCCAGAAUCGAAAUGCAGAAAUCAAGGCCUCCUCUCAAUGUUCAGGCCAUUAGUAAGAACAGCAUAGCGUUGUUACAGAGAUUAUCAAUCCCGUUCUGCAUUAUAGACCAAAUAAUUGUUAUCUUCAACUGGUCUAACCCUGUCUACACACUCAGUCUCCUAUUUCUAACAACACUCAUGAUUCUAAAGCCGAUCACUAUCGUCACUUUCCCACUCUUUAUGCUCUGCUAUCAAGUAAUUCUUCCUGCCUUUAUUAGAAGGCAUCCCAUAGAUCCUGUCGAUGGCUCUCUUGCAUUGGGUCCUCAACUCAACAGCAUUGAAUAUCCUAAGCCGGUUCCUGAGUUAUCUCGAGAGUUCUUACUCAACGUGACAGACUUGCAAAACCAUGUGUUAAUCUAUGUGAUUUCAUGGAACUACGUCAAUAGGUGGAUUAUCAAGUAUCUCUACUUCAAGGAUGAAUUUUUCAGCACGUUUGUAUUUAUGGUGACGUUUUGUUUGGCAUUGUUUCUCUGUUUCUUUGGCACGCCACUACUUUUGCUGCUUCUCCCCGUGCUUAAAGUGGCUGCAGUGGCUUUAGUUUGGUGUUUUACCGUUGCCUUGCAUCCUAAAAACCGUACUCAGAUUCUCGAGUGGAUGUAUUCAGAGGAUACUCGUCUUCGUGUCCUCACGAUGACCAACAGACUCGAUUCAAAGCUUGCUAAGGAGCUUGACUGGCGGGAAUCUAAGGAGAUCUGUCAGUUGGAGAUUUUUGAACUUCAAGUAAUGGACUCAGAAAGUAAGAUUUGGCAGCCUGUGUGCUUUACAGACGACAUAUACCCUAUGAAUUCAUAUAUAAGGUUGAGCAAUAUGCCUAUCAAUGGAUGUUCCAGCCUUUCGAAUAUAUCUCCUCCUGAGGGGUGGAGAUUCAUUGAUGAGAAAAGCGUUGGCUCUUCUCACAAGAUGACCAAAUCUUCCUCUGCCUUCUCUCAGCUUGGGAAAAGUAAUGAGGAUGAGAGUGGCAAUGCAGCAGCGGAAUUUACUGAUUUCAAAGUUACUGCUGCUACCAUCUCUGCCUUAACUCCAGCGUCUACUCCCGAUCUAUCGACACUUAAACGGCAUAGGAAGACACCAUCCAACGAGAAAGGUGGAUUCAGUGCCGCUAAAGCAUUGGACGGAUGGUACUUAGACCUUCGGCCGAACAGCUGGGUCCAGCAGAAUUAUCUGGAUGGGGUCUUAGAUGUGGAUGAAGAUAGUAAAUGGUGUUAUGAUAAGGUGAGCACUGAAAGUGGUGCGACAAUCCGCGGAGAUUUCCGAAGAAGACGUUGGAUUAGAUACUGCAUUCGGAGCAUUUGGUCCGAAGAGAUUAACGACGAUAUUGGUGAUCAAAGUAAUGUGGAAGAGGACUUUGAGAGAAGCCAGAUUGAGGAUGAUAAUGAGGAUGAUUAUGUUGGUAAUGAUACGAAAUAG